UUCAAUGACAACCUACGUGGAAAUGUCAGGGGACAUCAGGACACUAUCGUGGAGACCUCCUCAAUCUAGUGGUCAGCAGGAGUCCACAAGCAAAACUGAGAAUGGAGUUACUGCAGAUAAAGGACCGGUCAAAAUCAUUAAGGUCUGUUUUUGUAGCAACAGUGCCAAUCUGGGCAAGAACUUCAAACUGGUGAAAUGUGACAGCUCCUGGGAGAUCAGGGCCAUCAUUCAGUCUAUUCUGGACAGUGGACGACUGGGUCCAAACAUCAAAUUUGCUGGCUGUUAUGGGCUACUGCUGAAACACCUGAAAUCUGAUGAGGUUCACUGGCUACACCCAAACCUCACUGUGAGUGAGGUGGAGCAGAAGUAUGAACAGCAGCAUUUGGAAGCUGAAUGGAGGUAUGAUUUGAGGAUCCGAUACAUUCCGAAUGAUUUCCUGGAGAAGUUUAUGGAGGACAAAACUACUCUGUUGUACUUCUAUCAGCAGGUUCGUGGUGACUACAUGCAGUACUGUGCCAGUAAAGUCAGUGAUGGCAUGGCUUUACAGCUUGGCUGUCUGGAGAUUAGACGCUUCUAUAAAGACAUGAACACUGAUGGUCUGGAGAAAAAAUCCAAUUUUGAAUUGUUGGAAAAAGAUGUGGGCCUGGACUUGUUUUUUCCACGAGAACUGAUCGACAGCAUGAAGCCAAAGCAUCUAAAAAAAAUGAUUCAGCAAACAUUCCAGCAGUACGCAACUUUAAAAGAAGAACAGUGCAUGGUGAAAUUCUUCAAGACGUUUUCAGAAUUCUCGAAUUUUGAUGAAGAAGUGUUCCAAUGUGAGCUGGUGCAAGGCUGGAGUUUGGCUGUGGACCUUGUUAUUGGCCCCAAAGGGAUUCGUCAACGCACAGACAAAAGUUCUGUUCCCAUCUGUUUAGCCAAUUUCACACAAAUUCGGAGCAUCAAAUGUUCUCCUCAGAAUGAUGGAAAAGCAUUGUUAACUGUCGACAUCGAGGGAGCCAAGCAGCCACUGUCUGUCAAUACAGCCACAUUAGCAAUAGCAGAGAACAUGGCCGAUUUGAUAGAUGGAUACUGCCGUUUAGAAGGUGGCAAGGACACCUCUUUAAUAGUGCGGCCAAAGAAAGAUAGGAAUGUUAGAAUUUCACUACCUCCAGUUCCUGCUGGCAAAGAAAGUGCUGGACCUUGCAGAGAAAGUAUGGGUUCAGACAUCUAUGCAGAAAUACCAGAGAAGACGGAUACAACUACGACGUACAGCUUCACACGGCAAGAUGUUGUCCUUGGCCGCAUUCUUGGAGAGGGUUUCUUUGGAGAAGUUCAUGAGGGAGUUUAUAAAAGUCAGACAGGGGAGCGAGUGAGUGUGGCAGUGAAGACAUGCAAGGACUGCUCAGCUGAUGUUAAGGAGAAGUUCAUGAGUGAAGCUGUGAUCAUGAAAAAACUGGACCAUCCCCACAUUGUGCGGUUAAUAGGAAUCAUAGAGGAGGAUCCGGUGUGGAUUGUAAUGGAACUUUACCAGUACGGGGAGCUUGGACAAUACCUGACUGACAACAAGCAGAAACUUACUAAUGUCACUUUAGUUCUGUACAGUUUGCAAAUUUGUAAAGCCCUGGCCUAUUUAGAAGGGGUCAAUAUGGUACACAGAGACAUUGCUGUAAGGAAUGUGCUGGUUGCCAGCCCAGACUGUGUGAAACUGGGCGAUUUUGGCUUAUCCAGAUAUAUAGAGGAGGAGGAGUAUUACAAAGCUUCCGUCAGCCGAUUACCAAUUAAGUGGAUGGCGCCCGAAUCUAUCAAUUUCAGACGAUUUACCUCAGCAAGUGAUGUCUGGAUGUUUGCCGUGUGCAUAUGGGAGAUCAUGAGCAGGGGUCAGCAGCCUUUCUUCUGGUUGGAGAACAAGGAUGUUAUCAAUCAGUUGGAGCAGGGCAUACGAUUGCCCAAACCAGAGCAGUGUCCACCUACCCUCUACUCUUUAAUGUCCCGUUGCUGGAUGUACAACCCACGAGAGAGACCCAAGUUCACUGAGCUGGUGUGCAAGCUGAGUGAUGUUCACAAAUUGGAAAAGGAGGCUGAAGUGGAACAGCAGAGGGAACGAGCUCGCGGCCCAAAAAUAUCAUUCAGUGAGCCCCCACCGAAGCCUUCAAGAUUGAAACCUGCCCCAUUUGGAAGUACCUUACGGAUUCAGCUCCCUGAGUCUCUGUGUGCUAGCUCGCCUGCCAUUGCUAGCCCACCUGACAAUGGCUCACCCUUCAGCUCUAGCAGCAAGCAGAUGCCCCCUGUGGUGUCUCCACGGAGACGAAGCGUUGGGGAGGGCGACUUCACGUUGGAACCGAGCAGUAAGGAGGAUGCUCAGCGUCUGUGGGAGCUAGAGAGGCAGCGUAUGCAGGACACUCUGAGGAGGCAAAAGCAGCAGAUGCAAGAAGAUAACCAAUGGCUGGAGAAAGAGGAGAAAUUGCUGGAUCCUAUUAUGCAUGAUGAUCCACAGACUAACAAGAUGCCUGACCGGGAAACAGGCUACGAUGAGUUCCAUGGGCCCCCUGAGAAGCCGCCCAGACUGACUGCUCAGCCUGCCCCUACAGCAGAGCUAGACCGCUCAGAUGACCAGGUGUAUCAUAAUGUGAUGGAGAUGGUGAAGAAGGUGGUACAGCUGAAAAAUGAUGUGAACACUCUGCCCCCGUCAGAGUACAUCGGUGUAGUGAAGAUGGUGGGAAUGACUUUGCGCAACCUGAUCAACAGUGUUGAUGAGGUCCUCCCAAAUUUGCAUGAAUCCAUCAGGACAGAGAUUGAAGGUACACAGAAACUUCUGAAUAAAGACAUGGCAGAUCUGAUAAGCAAGAUGCGCUUGGCUCAGCAAAAUGCUAUCACUUCUCUCAAGGAGGAGUGUAAAAAACAGAUGCUGGCAGCAGCUCACACACUGGCCAUGGAUUCGAAAAACUUGCUGGAUGCUGUGGACCAGGCUCGAGUGCGUGCCGACCUGGCCAAACCUGUCACCUCUGAGUCUUGCCAGGAAUAG